CCACAACAGCUCACUGGCUGAAUGAAGAGAGGAGGAGGAGCCGCCUCCAGUCGCCCUUCAGGAGGAGACGUGCCUGUCAGUCUCCAGAGUGACAGCAGCGUGAAGGAGUGGACAUGUUCAUCCUGGUGGAUCUGCUCCUCUGUUCCCAUCACGGACCUUUGGGGACUGUUUUUAGGUUUUAAUGCCGUGCGUAAAAGGGACAUUCGGACGCGAUGGAUUUGCUUCUUGUUGGAGAUCCUGGACACCGCGCACUGAAGGCCACUACUUCGGAAGUUAAGUUGUCAGUGUGAAUCAGUAAGAGAGGAAAAAAAAGUCCCUUGCAGAUAUGAACUCCACGGCAGCGCACGGGAGAUUUCAACCGGCCACCAUCCCGGCGAUUAUGUUCAUUUUCGGGAUGGUGGGGAACGUCAUCGCGAUCGUGGUUCUGCGGAUCUCACGAAAGGAACAGAAGGAAACCACUUUUUACACCCUGGUGUGCGGGCUGGCGGUGACGGACCUGCUGGGCACGCUGCUGGCCAGCCCCGUCACCAUCGCGACCUACGUGAAGGGCGCGUGGCCCGGGGGGGAGCCGCUGUGCCAGUACUCCGGCUUCAUCCUGCUCUUCUUCUUCUUGGUCCAGCUCUGCAUCGUGUUCGCGAUGUCCGUGGAGAGAUACCUGGCCAUCAACCACGCGUAUUUCUACAACCAGAACGUCAACCAGAAGCUCGCCGCGCUCACUCUUGUGGCCAUCUACAUGUCCAACGUCGUGUUUUGCGCGCUGCCCAGUUUGGGGUUCGGGCACGUGACGCGCCAGAGACCCGGCACGUGGUGCUUCAUCGACUGGCACAACAACCAAACCACGGUGGCGACUUUUAAUCUGAUGUACGCGGGUGUGAAUUCCGUCAUCGUGCUCGCCACCAUCAUAUGCAACGUGAUGGUGUGCGGGGCCCUGAUCCUGAUGCACAAGCGCUUCAUCCGACGCACGUCGCUGGGCUCGGACCAGAGGCGCGCAUCGGACCUGCGGCGCAGGCGCAGCUUCGGCCGGUUGGCCGGAGCGGAGAUCCAGAUGGUGAUCCUGCUGAUAGCGACCUCGGCCGUGGUUCUCAUCUGCUCCAUUCCGUUAGUGCUGAGGAUCUUUGAGAACCAGCUGUCCAGAAACCAGACGGAGGAGCGUUCCGGGUUGAACAAAGACCUGCUGGCCAUCCGCAUGGCCUCCGUCAACCCCAUCUUGGACCCUUGGAUCUACAUCCUGCUCAGCAAGACGGUGGUCCUCAAGCUGAUGGAGAAAAUAAAGUGCCUGUUCUGCAAAAUGGGCGGGCGGGGCCGAAGCGGCGGCGGCGGCGGGCGCUUCCGCUGCGCCGACGGCGGCCUCUCGUCCUCCAUCGUCUCGCGGGACUCCCCGUCGCUGGUGUCGGGAGAGCCGACGGAUAUGGUGAGCACCUCAAAGACCUUCUUGUACCCGUCCAAGGCCGCCACGAGGCCGUCUCACGCGGGGACGCCGCGAGGCCCCCACCGGGAGGUCGAGGCCCCUCGGAGGGGGCUUUCGGACCGCGACCGAGGGGGCAGGGCGGCGGCCUUGAAAGAACUCCUGAUGUGUCGCGAGGACCCGGCGCUCCGCGUGACCUUCACGGACGAGAGCGCCGACGUGCAGGAGAAGUGCAUAUGAGCAUCCCUCGUUGUCACGGCAACGGGACUUCAGAUAGAAGUGAGCAAAGAGGCGAUGAUAAAAGGAAACGCAUCUGAAGACGGCGUCGCCAUCCAUCUGUAGAUAUCCUGUUUGACACGUGCAUUAUCGAACAUAAACACCCAUAAUCCAUGAAUUAAUAAUUUACCACAAACACCACACAGAUAAAUCAAUCCACGUCGGCACAACCAGAGGAGCUCACUGCGAAUUACUGUAAAGAAAAUGUGAAAAGUGUUCCACGAUGUUAAUUUAUUGCAUGUACAAUUGUAUUGUUUUUUUCUUUCAAUUGUGUUGUCAUCGUCUUCUCCGUGAGAAGGUCCGUGUAGCUGGGAGCCGUUUUGAAUCGGUUCACGAUGAAUGUGUUGAGAACAUCAAAGUCGAUAUCAAAGCAUAAUAAAGUAAAAACAUCCCCCUGCAUGUCAUGUGCUUUCCCACUGGAGGAUGUUAGGAACUUAAUAUGUUAUUAUAAAAUCAUUUGACUUCAUGUUCUUCUCAUCCAAUCAGACUUUAUGGGGUAAUUAAGACAAUAUUACCUAUUUCCUGUCUUGAUGACUUUAAAAGGUUUUUGCCUUUUCUGGAUAGAUUUCUAUAAAGAUUGAUAUAAAUACCAUGUUCAUGUUUUUAAUGUUAAAGUGGUUGUUGUUGUUGUUGUUGUUGUCGUAGCAACAGCCCGUGUGUACCAUAACAUGUUAAAUCUCUUGUGAAAAGAGACUAAUGUACUGAAUUCUUAAAUGAACGUAGAAUAAACAUGUAAAUAUUCAUAUAAA